AUGGUGGGCUUGCAAGCGGCGACCACAGCAACCACCCAUCUGAGAGGGUGGGCUGGUUCGGUGCUCGCGCUCCAUGUAAAUCACUUCCAGCGUGUCAGCGCGAAAGUGGCGACGCGUGUGCCGUCGUAUAAAAGGAUAGGCGACAAAAUAUUCGGCGACGAAUUUUCACCGGCGGCAGUCCCCGAAGGUGGUUACCACAGAAACAGCGCUCACCGUGUCGGGAAAGCCAUGCGGUUUCUUACGGUCGUCCUGCUUCUGCUGGCGACCAGUCUUCUGGAGUCCCGGGCCGGCCAAACUGACAGAUGGCCAAUGACAGAGCCUCUAACACACGGGGUGGCAUCUAGCAGCAACGCACAAGGAUUCUAUGUACUGAGACGGCCACCCCGUUAUGACUCGCCGCAGCAACCGGCAGCAUCUGAACCGUUCAGAAGUGGGGCUUCGCUCCGCCAAUGGAGCGACAGCUUUCCAGCAAGUACGCAACCGCUCACAACACGUGAUCAGUACCACCAGACGAAACCUUCCGCGUCUUCUCCACAGAAAUACUCUGGCUCCGCCAAUGCUUGGCCAACGCAAAAUAACGGCAGAAACGGCGAGGGCAGGGCGACAGAGCGAUUCGAAGUCAGAAAAGCGAACGGCAGGUCACACAGAAAGCCUGCUGAAUCGAGCAGGUCGAGUGCCAGUGCUGGCUGGGCAAUGGCUGGCGCAUCGACCAAGAGCAAGCCCAAGAACAUACUCGUCAUAGAUGCAGGGUACACAACCGGUAACAUACAAGAUUUUCUUAACUCCGGCUGGCCAAUGACGAAACCAAGUGGCAAUGGUUGGCAAAUGGCUGCGAGCAGCGGCAGCGGGUGGCACGGUGCUAAUUCUAACGAGUGGGAAGCAGCAGCCAGUAGCGACGGCUGGCAGACAUCAAAUAAUGACGAGCAGGUCUACGCUGUCAAGACGGCGAGCAUGGACCACACCGCGGCUCUCGAGGCGGACACGACUCCAUUCUUUUCGGGUGCGGGUCCGAGCAAUGGAAAUGGACAUGCGGUUGCGGAUAAGCAAGUGUACAUAGUGAAGACCAUCAGCCACAGCCCGGCGCCAAGUGCACCUUCAAUGGCUCCUGCGUGGCCUUCAGAUGAGUGGAGCGAUGCACCGGCGAAAUGGCCAUCGAACGGCUGGAACGGAGGCAUGGACAUGCCUAUGGCAAUGCAGAAUGGUGGCAAUGGAGGAAUCGGCCAGCAGAUUCUUGCUUUACUAGGACAGAAGCAGGAAUUCCUAUUAAAAACCCUACCUAGCCUCUUGCCAUCUGCACAGCAGUCGGCGCCGUCUGACUGGCCCUCUGGCAACGGAAAACCCUCGAAGAAAAACCCCUGGGAGUGA